AUGGACGAACGCACCCGCAUCAUGGUCACCUCGGGCUUCCUCCCCUCCGACAAACCCAAGACGCACGCCCUCUCGCGCCCCUUCAUCCGCCAGCUCGACGUCGUGCUCGUCUCCCCUGCACCGCCGCCCCGCGAUCUCGCCGAGGCGACGGCGACGUACCACAAAGGGCAGUUCACGCUCGCCGAGAUCUUCGAGUACGCGUGCUCCGUCGGUAACGCGGAUUGGAACCUAACCGCGGCACCAAAUACAACCGCCUGCGACGACACAUGGUGCAUCGACCCGCGCGGCGUGCUCACCCUCUGCGUCUCCAAAGCGCUGUACGAGCGCCUCGGCCUCGCCGGGCGCAGGAUGCCGUUCAAGGGCUGCCCGGAGCAGUACGUCAUCGCCAUCCCCGUGUACCAGCACACGCAGACCGCAGGCAACCGCGCGCGGCAGAAGCGCGCGCUGGAGAUGUGGGACGACGAGCGGGCGGCGAGCGGGGUGGAGCUUUGGGAGGUGCUGUACCAUGUUCAGGGAGAAGCCCCACCACCUUUCCAAGAGAUCGAAACUAUCAUCGUGAAGCCGAAAGCUACCCAGGCCAGCGAUGUACACGUCCCCUCCCCGGAAACACUGAAGCUCUCCCUCUCGGACAAAAAGUCUCAUAAGACCGAGGCCGAGGAAGACUGGGAAGACUCCAUAUGCGAGCUCAACGAAUGGCUCGGGAUGGCGUGUCUCGGCGCACACAGGCUGAAAGGCAACGACCGCGUCGACCCCUACGUCGCCGUAUACUCGCCCCCGCCCUCAUCACACACAGGCUCCUACCACCACCUCUCAUGGACCGGCCUUCUCAGCGCCGCAUUCGUACAGACCGUCAUCGACGCCGUCACCACCCACGCAGCAUCGCACCGCGCGAUCGCCGGCAUCAUCACGCACGGAUACACCCAGUCCCCAAUCGGCCACCUCUCGCCUUCCUCCGUGACAGGCGUCAUUGCCAGCCCAGAAAAGAGCAUCAACAACAAUAACGCCUCGUUGCGCGUGCCCAGAUCCGCCGGUGAAGAUACGUCAUGCCUGCUCCUCGUCCCCGCACAGCAGAUUCAGAACGAGGGCAUGGAUGACAACAGCGCCGGAACGUGGGUCCUCACAGAGAGCGUCGGGCAGUGGGACAAACGCUGGGGAUGACCUGGACCGAUGAUCGAAUCGACGAGGCAAAAAGAGCGAAAGCAAGGUUGCAUUCAUGAU